AGAGAGAUUUCUGAAUGAUUCCACAUGCUGAAUGAAGUCAGUGACACUCUCAGUGAACGGGACGCAGCGACGUUUUUCCCUUCUCGGUUUGGGAAGGAAGGUCUCACUACAGCCGGUGCAGCAUGUGAAAGUCCAACACAGGCGACUUUUUUGUUUUUACACAUUUUGCAGACAGUCUCUGAUCAUUAAGCAAUUCCACCGCACUGAUUUCUUCACUGAAAUGCCGUCAUGCCCCGCGUGAAUGUCAGCUGGAUUAUUACGGUGCUCGCGGUGGAGCUCGCGACACUGUCCGCCGCGCACGCUCACAGCUGUCACGAGGUGAAAACGGCGUUUCAGGUGCGUCAGAUCGGCCAGCUGAAAUGGGUCCCGGAAACACCUGCUACAGAUGUGGACCUGUCGAUAUGCAAGCAUGCUGGGCCAUCAUGUUGUACGCGAAGAAUGGAAGAAAGCUACAGAGCAGCAGUCCUGAGAGACACCUCCCAGAACAUCAGAUCAUACAGCUUUGAGCUGAAAUAUCUUAUUUCUGCACAUGUCGCCGCCUUUCAGGAUACGUUCCAGUCUCUAAUCACCUUCUCUCAGAAUCACCUGACCUCUUUGUUCGAGACCACAUACUCUUCUCUCAUGUCGUCCAUCUCCCCUCACAUCGUCUGCCUCUUCACAGAUCUUUCUCGUUUCCUCCAAGGCACUGGCAAUGUCUCCGUUGAAACCGCCGUCCACUGUUUUUUCGACAGUCUCUUUCCAUUAGUCCACACUCGUAUUGUCAAUCCUGGCAUGGCUGGUAGCAUCGGCGAGGACUCUUCUGAUGCAAACCAGCUUGGCGACUGUCUCCGCAUGACGAGGCAAGACGUUAACCCCUUUGGGCCGCACCCAAAGGUGAUGGCAGAUACGCUUGCAAGUGCAUUGCGAGCUGGCCGGGUGCUCAGCCUGGCGCUUGGCGUUGGGUUGGAUGUGAUGAACAUUACAGAGACGGCGGAGUUGUCCAAGGAAUGCACUAGGGCUCUGGUGCGCAUGCAUUACUGCUCUCAUUGCCGUGGACUCACCCUGAUCCGGGCGUGCAGCGGCUACUGCCUCAACGUCAUGCGUGGGUGCCUGGCCAGCCUCUCAGAACUCCACAACCCCUGGAGACAGUACGUUGCUGUGCUGCAGGAUCUCACGCACAUCGUCGCCGGAGCACACAACCUGGAGCUCGCCUUGCUGGGGAUCAGAGGUCAGGUUGAGGAGGCCAUUCUCUACGCUCAGCUUCACGGGCCCAGGCUAACUGCUACGGUGGAUAAGGUAUGCGGUCACUCUUCAAAUGCUUCUUCAACCACAGUCAGGACGUUUCCUCCGACUUCAGUCACCCCUCCACCUGUCAACAGCUCACAGGAUGUUCCAGGAGCCGAUAAGAUCGGCAUGUUGACUCGCCUUCACAGUUCACUCCCUCUGAAAACCUCCAAGAGCGAUAGAGGUAGAACUCUGAAAAAGGUUGCACGGGAGUUUACGGGGUAUAUCUCCCGGUAUAAGUCUUUCUUCUCCAUACUUCCGGAGGCUCUGUGCGAGGGAGAGAUGGGCGUCGAUGAGCUCAUGUGUUGGAGCGGAGAUGAUGUAGUCAAAAGUUAUACUUCAAGAGUGGUGGGCAAUGGAGUUCGUGCUCAAAGACAGAACCCAGAAGUAAGAGUCAGAGGUGCUGACCCCGUGCUUAUGGAUAUCAAAAACAAACUCGAGCUCUUCAACAUGGUAAGGAAUAUCAUGAUUUGGGGAAACUACAUCUAUUACAUCUUAAAGGGAAAGCUCACCUAAAAAUAAACAUUCUCU